GUUAUCAAAAAUUGGAAAGUUAGCUUGACUGUUGUUGAUACUAAACUUGUUAUCUUUCGUCUUCCAAUAUUCAUAUUUCAAAUGUUGCUCUUAUUGAUAAACAAAAGUGAAAAUCCUAGACUGAUAACCCAUCACAAUUUUAUCACACUGAACCAUGUUUUGAUAGAAAUGUUAGAUUGCUCUGUUAAAAAUACACUUCACAACAGAGCUGCGACUUUGUUUUUAAGUCAACAUAGUUUAAUGAAUACAGUUGAAUAGAAAUUACAUUUUAAUCACUUUAAUUUAUUGUGGAAGCAAACAAAGAUUAUUAUUUAUGGAACUGCGUCUAGAUUUUUAAUUCUGUAUGGUUCGCUGACUACACGACAGGGCAGAUCGUUAUGUUAGUGUUCAGUUUCGUCAAAAAAUAAAAACUAGUUUUAAAAUUAAUUUCAUGAAUACGCCAUCGCUUAAUGAAAUUUGCAUAAAAUGAAGAUUAACAAAAGCUUGCUGCCUGUAAAGGCGCAUUUCUUCUUUUUCUUCGCCGCCCUGGGGCCGCUGUUGCCGCAAAUGAAUGUGUUCGGGCGGCAACUGGGAGUCACGCCCGCAGCGAUGGGAAUCGUGACAGCUAUUCUGCCCCUGCUGUGGGCGACUGCGAAGCCACUCUUCGGCUACGUUGUAGAUUAUUGGCCGGCGCACAGGAAGCUAGUAUUCAUGCUACUAAUAUCGGUUAUGACUGGGUCGUACUGUUGCCUCUGGUUCCUGCCCACCCCGGAAACCGUCGAGCCGCCCCUCCUAGAAUACGUUUAUAAACUGGAAACCGUUGAUUUGAGACGAAACGAUCAGUCCCUGAACUUAGAAAAGUACACGUGCCACUGGAAUUGUACUCCGGGAACGUUCGAUGUGUACCUGCGGAACACGACCGUCAUCGAUACGGCAUACUUGGACAGUGACGUCACGAAUUCGACCUGUCUGACCCUGAACAUGGACUUAAGCGAAGUUCGAGAUGGGCAAGUGAAGUGCACGCCCAGAGACGGCUGCGAUUUGUUGUGCUACGAAAAGGGAUUGAAUCGAGUUAAAAGAGAGAUAUCAGGUUCCACUAAGAAUUUGGUUGACGUUAAUGAGAAGAACUCUGGAGAUUCUUCUGUUGAAACGGGUGGAGGGGGUAGCGUCUAUGUGAGUCUUACGUUUUGGGCGUUCGUGGUUCUGAUGAGUCUGGGUACAGUGGCGUUUAAUGUGGCCAAUUGUAUCGGUGACGCCGUGUGCUUCGACGUGCUUGGUCCAGAUCGAGGGUCAAAAUACGGUGCCCAACGAGCUUGGGGCACUAUCGGAUAUGGGGUGACGGCCCUGCUGGGAGGUUGCCUGGUGGAUAUGGUAUCUGAUGGCAAGUACAAGGACUACACGCCGGCGUUCGUGAUAGCCCUAAUUGCGACCGGCAUCGAUCUGUAUAGCUGCAGAGCGUUGACGCUACCCUCAUUAUCGAGCCCCACCGAUUCCGGUGCGGCAUUACGGUCUGUACUGCGGAUACCGAAGGUGAUUGUGUUCAUAGUGUUCGCCGUACUGGCGGGCACAUUCGACAGCUUCAUAAUCUAUUACAUGUUCUGGUUCCUGGAAGAAUUGGCCGAGGAAACCGGUUCGAUUGCUACGAUAAAGCUCAUCGAGGGCGUGGUGGUAGCCGCUCAGAGCUUCGUCGGGGAGCUUCUGUUCUUUUUCUGUUCAGGUAAAAUAAUAAAGCGCUGGGGCUACGGAACGACGCUGACGUUCUCAUUGUUCUGUUACGGAAUUAGAAUGGCGUUGAUAUCGUUCAUACGGAAUCCGUGGCAAUUGGUGUUGAUAGAGGGGAUUAUGCAAGGCCCGACAUAUGCCCUUUGCUACGCUACUAUAGUCGGGUACGCGGCUCAUGUGGCCCCGGACGGUUACUCGGCGACUGUCCAGGGCAUAGUGGCCGGCAUGGACGACGGCGUGGGUUUCGCCCUGGGCUCGCUGCUAGGCGGACAACUUUACGGUUCGAUGGGCGGUCGAUAUUCCUUCCGCGUGUUCAGCGUAUUGGCGGUGAUGGCGGCCGUCCUCCACGCCGCGAUGUUCCUGGAAUUCGAUCGGGCUGCAGAUUCCUGUUGGACGAAUGACGAUGGUGAUAAGCCGAAGGUGACUCGGUUCGUUGGUAGACGCCAAUCAGAAGUGGAUGAAGACUGUGAUGAUUAUAAUUAUGAUGAUGUCGUAAUGCCUGAUGAUUUAGGGGAAUACCAGGAUUCAGUCAUUUCUUGUUGCAGACACGCGAGAUUGCGAUGAAAACAUACAAAUAGAAACGGUAUAUUGUUAUGAAGACGAUUCCACUUGUUAUGUUGAUAAUAAUAAUGAUGAUGAUGAUUGAGAAAAUAUAUUUUUGACAAAAAAAAAUACUUUUUUUUUCUACCUAAGCUGAUGGUCUAAAGAGAUCAUGUCAGUGUCGCCGGGCUAGUAGGUGAGCUCACGGAGCUCAAACCUAUAGUUUGGACAGCCCUGACCUAGUUAAUUGAGUAUCAAUGGUAGCCCCAUUACACAAACCAAAACGCGUGAUCGCUUCGUAGCAGAAGUAAACAGAGUGGUGGUACCUACUCGUGCGGGCUCACAGGACGCCCCACACACACCUUUUUUUCUACCUAAGCUGAUGGUCUUGAGAGAUCAUUUCAGCGUAACCUUAACUAGUAGGUGAGUUUACGGGGCUCAAACCUGACGACGUUACUAACACUGGCCCUUGCAAGAGCAGUGCUUUACAGAAUCUACCACCGGAUCGGAAACGCGACCCACUGAGAAGAUCCAGCGAGAAACUCAGUGUGGCCUGUGUCUGUGGGUUAAUUUACUCGUCGAGCCCUUCGUCGCAAGCGACGGGUUCGACGAGAACGAUGACCGAUGUUUGAGGUACCUAAAAGCACCGUUAGUGGAUCGGGAGGAUCCGUAAUGACGUGUUUUGGGCGACGUCGACUGUUUACCAUUCGGUCCACAGGAUCGCAUAUGUAAUUACCGGCGGCCACGACAAGAGGGUUCUCGUGUCGUGCCGCCUUCUCAAAGUGGCGUACUGAUGCCGACUGUAAAUACUUACUGAGUCGAGCUCCAGGUCAUCAUGGAUCAUUAUCUGGAGUAUUUAAUAUCAUUAGUCAGUUAUCAGUUAUAAGUCCAUCGCCCACUUCAGGGUAUACUUAACAUAGGUUCUGAAUAACUGAACUUUUUAAUGGUGGUAGAACCUCUUGUGAGUCCGCACGGGUAGGUACCACCACCCCGCCUAUUUCUGCCGUGAAGCAGUAAUGCGUUUCGGUUUGAAGGGUGGGGCAGCCGUUGUAACUAUACUGAGACCUUAGAACUUAUAUCUCAAGGUGGGUGGCGCAUUUACGUUGUAGAUGUCUAUGGGCUCCAGUAACCACUUAACACCAGGUGGGCCGUGAGCUCGUCCACCCAUCUAAGCAAUAUAAAAAAAACUGACGUGCUGGAAUGAAAUGUUUUUUUUCCAUUUCCCCUCGGUAUGGCCACUGCUGCCGUUCAAAACCGGCUGAUUUAUAUUUAUCGGUCAUCAAAAAUAAAUGUGGCGCAUACGCUAUUAAUAUCUGAAGCGCUCGAGUAUAUCUGUGUGAUUUUUUGACGUCAAAUCGUCUUGUUUUUUUUUAAGGGAUUUUAUGACCUGAUAGCUAAGACCUUUAAGUCAUGUCUCAGUUUAAUUUAUAUUCAUAUUUAUAUGAAAAAUUAUAUUAUGGAGUGAAAUGAAAUGAAGAUGAUUAAUUUGAGACAUUAAUCGGCUGGGAUGAAAUUAAAUGAGAUGAGAUGAGAUGACUGGGAUGAAAUAUAAUCUGGGAGAAUGAUGAGAAUAAUGAGGAUCCCGAGAAGUUACGUCCAGCGGCUUUGUUUUAUUUUCCGACAUUUGUGCACUUUCACAGAUAUCAAACAGUUAAUAAACCACCAUUAUUACACAUUUAAACCUGAAGAAACACUAAAUAGACAAAACAAAACAAAUCACACAACUUCACUCCUCGCGUUCCCGCCAAAAAGUCUGAUAACGUCUUGUAAAUCGGUGAACACCGGCUGCCCGCUCGAAAAAGUGUCACGUUCCGCCCCAGUCUGAGCGUGCAAGUGAGAGCGCGGAACAAGCGAUAGAGAGGCACGAUCGGCCCAAGCGUUGGCUUGUGACACAUUAAUCUCUCUUCUCGCGUGACGUCAUAACUAGCAGUUCGAAUAUUUCCGCUACUGGCGUUAUCACGUAAAGCUAUCGUCCGUAAAUCGACCUAACAGACAACCAAUAUUAUUUUUAAGCUAUUGCAUAGAUUUUAUCGCGGGCCUUGAGCGCGGCGACCGAAUCAUGAAAUUCCGUAACGAAAAAAACCUAACACCCCUCAUUCCGCCCACCAUGUAGCUCGCGUUCAACACAUUCACGCGUUGCGCUUGUGUAGUGUUUGUGAAUAAGCGCGCGGCGUGACGUCGCACUGCAUGCACAUCAUGAAAACUGCCCAUCUCUCUCUCGCGCGGUCUAGCUUAUGAGUGUGAAGGGGACAGUUAAGGUUUUGCUUUUAUUAAUGUUUAAUAUAGCGUGGUCUUGUUUUAUUAUUGUUUUAAUAUUAAAUUAUAAUCAUUGUCUAAUUAUAAUUGUAUAAGUUGAUAAAAAAUGCUAUGCAAUAGCUUUACCGCGGCAGUUCCCGAGUGCCACACGUUUUUUUGUACAUUUUUGAAAAAUUAGCAUCUAAUCUUCACAAUCCAAAAGGUCUCCGCGAAGUUCGGAUGAGUCAAUACCUAUUUAGCUUCUUGGGCUCCCCAACUGUCGUGUGUCAUAUUUUAUAUUAAAUGUUAAUCUUUGUUGUUGCUGAUUAAAAUGUUUUUUAUUUACAA